CGCGGAGCGACUGGGGAGACCAGCGCAGUGGGGCCAAGAUGGCGGCAGCCGAGGGGCCCGCGGGCGACGGGGAGCCGUGGCAGUCCUGGCUUCCCAACCACGCCGUGUUCUUGCGGCUCCGCGAGGGGCUGAAGAGCCAGAGCCAGAGCCAGAGCCCGGCCGAAGCCGAGAAGCCGACGUGUUCCCCGUCGCCCUCGUCGCCGCCGCUGCUCACGAGGAACCUGGUGUUGGGCCUGGGCGGAGAGCUCUUCCUGUGGGACGCGGACGACAGCUCCUUCCUGGUGGUCCGGCUGCGGGGCCUCGGCGGCGGGGGCGAGGAGCCCUCCCUCUCCCAGUACCAGAGGUUGCUUUGCAUAAAUCCGCCCCUGUUUGAAAUCUAUCAAGUCCUGUUAAGUCCCACGCAGCAGCAUGUGGCACUCAUAGGAAUGAAAGGACUUACGGUGUUAGAGCUGCCCAAAAGAUGGGGGAAGAAUUCUGAAUUCGAAGGCGGAAAACUAACAGUGAAUUGUAGCACCACGCCUGUCGCCGAGAGGUUCUUCACCAGCUCGGCCUCCCUGACUCUGAAGCACGCCGCCUGGUACCCGAGUGAGCUGCUGGACCCCCACGUCGUGCUGCUGACCUCGGACAACGUGAUCAGGAUCUACUCUCUCCGUGAGCCUCAGACACCCAUCAAGGUCAUUGUGCUUUCAGAAGCGGAAGAGGAGAGCCUGAUACUCAAUAAAGGAAGGGCAUACACUGCGUCUCUGGGCGAGACAGCGGUGGCGUUUGACUUCGGGCCAUUGUCAGCGGUCCCGAAGACCAUGUUUGGACAGAAAGGCAAAGGUGACAUAGUGGGGUACCCGCUGUACAUCUUGUACGAGAACGGAGAGACCUUCCUCACGUACGUCAGUCUGGUUCACAGCCCCGGGACCGUCGGGAAGCUGCUAGGCCCGCUGCCCAUGCACCCCGCGGCAGAGGACAACUACGGCUAUGACGCCUGUGCUAUCCUCUGCUUACCCUGCGUCCCCAACAUCCUGGUGAUCGCCACGGAGUCGGGCAUGCUGUACCACUGCGUCGUGCUGGAAGGGGAGGAGGAAGACGAGCAGACGUCGGAGACGUCCUGGGACCCCAGGGCCGACCUCGUCCCCUCCCUGUACGUGUUCGAGUGCGUGGAGCUGGAGCUCGCCCUGAAGCUGGCGUCCGGAGAGGAUGACCCCUUUGAUUCUGACUUCUCUUGUCCCAUCAGACUUCACAGAGAUCCCAAGUGUCCCUCGAGGUACCACUGCACUCACGAAGCCGGCGUCCACAGUGUCGGGCUGACUUGGAUUCAUAAGCUUCACAAAUUUCUCGGGUCAGAUGAGGAGGACAAGGACAGCCUCCAGGAGCUCGCUGCGGAACAGAAGUGCUUCGUGGAGCACAUCCUGUGUACGAAGCCGCUGCCCUGCAGGCAGCCGGCACCGAUUCGAGGGUUCUGGAUCGUCCCAGACAUCCUGGGGCCCACGAUGAUCUGUGUCACCAGCAGCUACGAGUGCCUCAUCAGGCCUUUGUUAAGCACGGUCCAUCCGGUGUCCCCUCCCCUGCUCUGCACCCAGGAAGACAAGGCAGCGGAAGAGUCUCCCCUCCGCAUUCUGGCCGAAACCCCGGAUUCCUUUGAAAAGCACAUCAGAAGCAUUUUGCAGCGCAGCGUUGCGAAUCCGGCGUUUCUGAAGUCAUGUGACAGAGACGCGGCCCCUCCGCCGGGAGACAGCCUGCAGCUCCUCAGCCGGGCCACGCAGGUGUUCCGGGAGCAGUACGUCCUCAAGCAGGACCUGGCCAAGGAGGAGAUCCAGCGCAGGGUCAGGCUAUUGUGUGACCAGAAGAAGAAACAGCUGGGAGACCUGAGUUACUGCCGGGAGGAGAGGAAAAGCCUCCGGGAGAUGGCGGAGCGCUUGGCCGACAAGUACGAGGAGGCCAAGGAGAAACAGGAGGAUCUCACGAACAGGAUGCAGACGGUCCUGCACAGCUUCCGCGCCCAGCUCCCCGUCCUGUCCGACAGCGAGCGGGACAUGAAGAAGGAGCUGCAGCUGAUCCCCGAGCAGCUCCGCCACCUGGGCAACGCCAUCAAACAGGUGACCAUGAAGAAGGACUACCAGCAGCGGAAGAUGGAGAAGGUGCCGAGCCCUCAAAAGCCCACCAUCGCCCUGAGCGCCCACCAGCGCAGGUGCAUCCAGUCCGUCCUGCGGGAAGAGGGCGAGCACAUCCGAGAGAUGGUGAAGCAGAUCAACGACAUCCGGCACCACGUCACCUUCUGAGCCGCCGCACGCGGAUUCACACGGAGGCCGCAGAGUCGGGGCUCAGGCGUGUUUGUGAAACGGCCAGGUAGCGUCAUCUAAUUUGUAAGGCGGCCUUUCAGAUGAACUUUGGCUGCGUGAUUUCACAUCUUUCAUACUUGUUUUGUAGUUACUGAAUAAAUGCUUUUAUUUAAAAACCGGAAUGUGCUUUAUAUGCACUCAGCGAGGGCCCGGGAUGUUUUAAAACUCUCUGGAGACCUUAGCUGCGCCCUGCCAGCUGCCGUGGGCCACACGGAGUCGUCUCCGAACCUGAGCAAAAACAAGUGCCGCGUUUGAACGUGGGGGCGCCGGGAACGCGACCGCGGCGCCGACCCCGAGCGCCGAAAGGAGGGGACCUCGCGGCGAGCGAGGUGGCGGCUUUUUAAUUUGAACACGUUCUUCCAGACGCGCCUUCAGUACAAACGGCUCCGUGCAACGUGUGUGGGCUCGGAGCCGCGGUGCCGAGGCCGCCGCUGGCCCAUCGCCUCCGCAGGCAGGAUUACCUUUCAGAGCCAUGCUGGGUCGCGCCCCGUCCCAGCACGGUCACCGUGGGUCCGUGUUCCGAUCGGCGGUCCUUCACGCCCGCCGGCGCGUGGAGCUCCGAAAGGUGACCCCGCACCUGCCCGGGGACGGCGGAGCGACACCGGCCGAAAGCCACGCGGUGAGGUGGGUCACAGGUAGGAGGCAGGUCAGGUGAGAUGCGCGUGAACGUGCGGGCACGGACGGUCGUGCGGCCCGGCUCCCCUCCCUCUGUCCACACGGCUGGUGCCCGCCUUCGCCUCAGUUUCCCACUGGACAACACAAAACCCGGCCAAAGAGGGUAUCCCGCAAGGGUAGCCUCACGGUUUCAUGCCAGAAAGACUCUCAGUUCGGGUUUUACGGGAUGCUUUUCUCGAGGGACUUUGAACAGUUUGCCUGUGCGGCCCUAGACACCACGGGGAGUCCCUGAUCCGGGGUCCCCGGCCGGCGCCUCUUCCGGCGAGAAAGGUCCGCAGAGCACCGGUCUCGGCGGCGCGGUUCCCUGGCAGCUUUUCUUCGCGAUUACAAAUUUCCCGCCUCGUUACUGGUGCCAGUUUUAAUACCUUGAAAUUAGCUGGGGGCUGCUCUUAACACUUGAUGUAGAAUUUAAAGCGAUUGCAUUUUGGAACUAGAACCCCGUGUAAUUCAAGGAGGAUAUAGGUGUUCUUCAAACAGCACUUCGUAUGAAGGGAUCUUAAACCAAUUAAAAUGUUUCACGCAUGGCAA